GCACAGAAGGAAAGUCUCAGAGCGACGGGACGGCGUUGCCUAGCAGCAGGGCGGAGGACUCUCGCUUUGACCGUUAACCCGGGACCGUGGAUAUUAACCCCCCCCCCCCCCCCCCCACCGCCCAAACAUAACAGCAUUUUGAACACAACACCAGCCAUGACCCAGACCGUGACGCUAACGGGACCGUCUCCGUGGGGCUUUCGGCUGGUGGGAGGACGGGACUUCAGCACCCCGUUGACCGUCUCCAGGGUGACGCCGGGCAGCAAGGCCGCCCAAGGGGCCCUGAGUCCGGGCGACACCAUCCUGGCCAUCAACGGCGACCGCACGGAGCUCAUGACGCACAUGGAGGCUCAGAACCGCAUCAAGACCUGCACUCAGCAGCUGGCGCUCCACAUCAGCAGGUCGGGAUCAGGAGACAGAGUGUGGUCGCCGACGGUUAUUGAAGACGGGAAGACAAGCCCUUACAUGGAGCCCAACUCCCAGAAUUUCCGUCCCAUCACCAGCGGUUAUGGAAGUUCCAGUCGCAAAACUUCGUACACCCCUGAACCCCAGUACCUGCAGGCUCCCCAGUCCCCCCAGGGUCUCCAGUACCAACAGGCUCCCCAGUACCAACAGGCCCCCCAGUCCCCCCAGGGUCUCCAGUACCAACAGGCUCCCCAGUCCCCCCAGGGUCUCCAGUACCAACAGACACCCCAGAACCAGCAGGCUCCCCAGUACCAACAGGCCCCCCAGUACCAACAGGCCCCCCAGUCCCCCCAGGGUCUCCAGUACCAGCAGGCUCCACAGUCCCCCCAGGGUCUCCAGUACCAACAGGCUCCCCAGUCCCCCCAGGGUCUCCAGUACCAACAGGCUCCCCAGUCCACUCACCUGAAUAACGGACACUCCAAACCCAACAACGGCCACGGCUACGGGAACGGGAACGGGCACGCUCAGUACAACAACCCGGCGGGACUUUAUCAUAACGGCAGCAAUGGAGACAGAUCUUUGCCGAGCAAGAUGGGAGGCCUGAGCCUCAGCACCACUCACAGCCCGGAGCCCCCCCCUCAGUCCCCCGUGGGGGGGAAUGGAUUCGACCCACAUUCAGACGUCUACAAGAUGCUGCAGGACCACGAGGAGCCCGUCUCUGCUCCCAAACAGUCCGGCUCCUUCAAGUACCUGCAGGGGAUCCUGGAGGCCGAGGACGGAGGUGUGUCCCCAACGGAGCGGAUGAGGAGCUUGAAGUCCCCGGUCAGGUCUCCGGUCCCCAAACUGGGGAGCCCCAUCCCGGGCCCCAUGCCGGGCCUCCAGAAGCUCCCCCAGUGCACCCGCUGCUGUAACGGCAUUGUCGGCACCAUCGUGAAGGCCAGGGACAAGCUCUACCACCCCGGCUGCUUCACCUGUGACGACUGCAGCGUGAACCUCAAGCAGAGGGGCUACUUCUUCAUCGAGGACAACCUGUACUGCGAGACGCACGCCAUGGCCCGCGUCCAGCCCCCAGAGGGCUACGACGUGGUCGCCGUCUACCCCAACUCCAAGGUGGAGCUGGUCUGAGUCCCGGCUGCAGCCUAACUGGGAAGUGUGUGUGUGUGUGUGUGUGUGUGUGUGUGUUGUUCCUUUUUACCAACAUAACAAUCAUUAUUGCCUCCCUCUGAAACCCUCACUGCAGCCUUAAAGAACCACACUAACGUGUGAGUGUGUGAGUGUGUGUGUGUGAGUGUGUGUGUGUGUGUGUGUGUGUGUGUGUGUGUGUGUGUGUGUGUGUGUGUGUGUGUGUGUGUGUGUGUGAGAUACCUGCGGGUCGAUGCUGGUCACUUGGACUCAUUUUGUACUCUUUGUAGCGCUUGGAACGUUCUGGUGUGACGAUGUUCAAAGGUCUCAAGGGCUUUGAGUUCUUCUGUGUUUUUUAAAUAUCUUAAAGUUAAACAUCGUAAUCGUAAUCGUGCUGCAGAUGGACAUUUUUUUAGAAGCAUCUCUGUUUGGUGGCCACUUUCUCUGCUCCUCCUUUUAGCCGUAGUUUGCUUGUAAGCAGAUGUUGUUUUGGAGUUUUAGCGAGCUGUAGCCAAUCGUGAAUGACCGUAUUAACAAGCCCCGCCCCCUGAGAUGUAGAUAAAGCCUGUACUCGAUGAGAUGAUGAGGUGAGAUGAUGAGGUGAGCUUCUCGAGACGACUUUUAAGGAAUCAUGUGAUCAUCUGAGACGGAGACGCGUGGUUUUGAUGUUCAGCUAUCAAUACAUUACAUUUCCUCCUGGGAGAAGAGAAAAAGUAAAUACUUGUAUUAUGAACUCGAGUUUCUCCAUGAAGCAAAUUAAACCCACUUCUCCAUUCCCUCUGAGGGGGUGUGAGGGGGGGGGGGGGGUCGUUAUGACUCCGAUGUCCCGGCUCAUUGUGAAUAGUGCAGUAAAGAGUGAUGUUGUUCUUAAUAUUUGAAAUGACAAUAACAAUAAAACUAAAAAUGGAUCUGGUAGUGCUGAUGUCUAUCUUUUUUAUAUUUUUUGAUGUUAGCAGAUGUGUAGCUGCUGGCAUGGCGCCGGUACCAGUGGGCUUGUAAAUGAUGUGAGGAUUCUAUUGCUGAUUCUAUUGUACAUAUUUGUUUCUCUGCAGCGUAACGAGCGUCACUCACAGGGCUUUUUUUCACUCAAAUCCUCUUCUUUUGUUUAACUUAUUGUGCUACCAACACAUGUCAUUUUUUGUCUUAUCUUAUUAUUAUUUGCUUGUUGUUGUUUUUUAAAAAUCUAAAUAAAAUGAGAAGUGGUUUAUCGUGA